AUGGAGUCCUCGCCGGCCUUGCCGGUGAUUGAUAGAGCAUAUCUCGCCCCACCAUCGUCAGAAGACUUCGACGCGGAGGACUGCCCAUCAACGCCUCCCGCCCAACUCUUGUCACCCCAGCCUCGAACACCAAGGCCAACAAGAUUCCUCUCACCACCUCGUACACCACUGGCAAAAUUAUUCACCAACUUUCCCACUGCAGUCCGUCCCUAUAAAAAGAAUGACUCAAAUAAUAAGGAACUGGAAGAUAUCACUCGUCCAGAGUCGUCAUGCUCAAAUUACUCUUCAUCGUCUGAUUCGUCCUUUGACAGCCUGACAACCUUUACGACUACUGGUGGAAGCUGUACUAGUCCAGAGACCGAGUCUAGUUUCUUUCCAGACGAGGCAACUCCAAAGGAGCACAAUGAUGCUAGAAAGACAGGCGAGACGGGCGAUAAAAGAAAGUCCAAUGCAAAAUCGCGCUUGCGGAAAAUUAAAUGGACUGAAGAUAUGGAUGGCCAUCUUUGGAGGACAUAUGUACUAUGUCAGCAAGAUCCAAAAAUUACACCAUUUUUUGUGCUACCUGGCCAGGUUCCGCCAUUGGGUGUAUGCCAUAAAGUUGCCAGGGAAGCCAAAAGAUCUUGGAAGGAGGCAAAGAUGGGAGAUGGGUGGAAAGGCCCAUUAACAAGACAGAAAAGAUUCAUCACCCCGGCAAAGGACACGGGUGCCAGUGGUAAUAGAGGCGAUGUCUUGCGGAAAACCUCACCGCACUCUUGGCCGGCUUCGGAAGGCUCAACCCGAAAAAGACUCCGAGAGUUGUGCAGGCAGAACUAUGGACCAUCCCGUAAUCCUCAUCAUGGCUAUCACCAGCAGCGUCGGCCUACGUCGACGUCAAGAAUUUUACCAUCGAGAGGAUCUACCGUGUCCCCAUCACCGUAUCAACCGACCGCAUCAAACAGAUUAGGCCCACGUGACGCAUUAUUUUCAACUCGAGGCAUCGCUCUCUCUUUAACGACGAGUACGGCUUCAACGAUGAACCCGAACGGUGUCUUGGCAGCUAUUGCCGCUGGUUACGAUGUUGAUGCGGAUAUGGCGAUUGGUUCGAGGAGUUCUGGCGAUAAUUUCGGAGGUGUUUCUGGGUGGGUUUCUGGAGUAAAUAAUAAUGAUCAAGGCGCUUUGGGUUUUGGGGCUGGAAGUUUUGUAAAUAUGGGGCCCCAGUUAGGAUCUGGAGGUUCCAGAUUCAACGUGGCACAGAACAAUACGUCGCUCGCGAGUGCGUUGUGGGUUUCGGGCACCGACCCAUCACUUUCACCACCGAAUGGAUCCGCAUUUAACACGCCUGUUCUUUUGCCCCCGUUGGAGCUAAGUAUCUCUGCGUCUGUGUAUGGUACAUGGCCUCGACGACAAAAACGUCAAGAGGAACCGGAAUCAAGCGAUGAAUCGGUAACGUUGCCGCCCCCGAGAAGGGCCAGGCGAGGAACCAUUGGCGAUCUCUUUGGUGAGCCAGUUCCUGUGUCGACAGCGCCGCGAACACGUACCAGGGGUUAUACUAUUGGUUCGAGUUGUGGAAACAGCAUGAGUCGAAGAAGAUAUCGCCCACUGGCCCCGCUUCUGACUGUCACUGGGCCGGUCUCAUACGAUUCUCCCAACGAUAACGAGAGCUUAAGUCCUCUUGCAUCUCGAGAGAUGCUUUCUGACCCAUUCCGUGAUUCACUAGAGGGCACUAGAAAUUUGGGAUCACCUUUUGUUGAACGGAAAGAUUGGAAAGGAAAGAAAUUUGACGGGCCUGGCGAGCUCUCAUCUGCUCUCGGCGAUGAAGAUCUCUCCAAUGACAGCUCUUAUGAUAAUCCAGAGGUCGGUUCUUCGCUCAGGCCGGUAAAGAGAGCCCGGGAGUAG